AUGUCCGAAGCAUCACCAAAUCAGAAGAGGAGGCGGGGUCGUGGUAAGCGAGGCGGAAGAAAGAACAAAAAGAGACACUUGAAUGACGAAGCAACACCUACAACUAGCUGGAGUGCCCUCGAACGAGAUUGGUUUGCGGGAUCAUCAGCAUCAUCCGACGACAAGAUUCCUGAUCCACUAACAGAGACGGAUGUGACAGAUAAUGGAGAGGGUUCUACUAGAAGCAGUGAAAGUAUGGAUACCCUGGAACAUCUCCGACACUUGUGGGUUAAUUUCUGCAAGAAACGACAACGACCAGGAAAGCAGUCUCAAGAGUGGCAACCUAGACCGAUCCAGCUGCAAGCUUGGUCUAUCUUGAUGCCACCUAAUGAUGCCUCCUCCUCCAAAAGAACCCAAACAUGCAAUAUGAUUGGAUUAUCACCGACCGCUAGUGGAAAAACGUUGGCUUUUGGAGCUCCCAUGGUGAUUGGGGCAAACUUGUAUACCAUGAAGAAACAGCCUGGUUCUACUACAACAAUAAUCUACGGAAUUGUUUUGGUGCCCACUCGAGAAUUGGCUCUACAAGUGGCCAAAGAAUUAGAAGCAAUGGUAUCUUCCUUACCACAAAACACAAAGACAUCAGGCUCGUCAUCCAUACGUGUCUUGGCAUGCUGUGGGGGUGGGAGUCAAUCGACUCAGGAUCACAUUGACAUUUUGAAAACAAAAGGUGGUCAACACCUUAUUAGCGCCACUCCGGGCAGAUUGGCGGACAUCAUGGAAAAACUUGGUCGUCAACAACAAGACAAAGAGAUCAUUAUUCGACCACGAUAUCUUGUAAUGGAUGAAUGCGAUCGAUUGGCCGGAAAUGUGGAUUUGGCCCAACAAGUCACGGCCAUUUUAAAUGCGUGCAUGUCGCCCGAUGCAUCAUUGGCUUUCUUUUCGGCCACGUAUCCGCAAAAGGUCCAAGAAACUUGGAAGGAAUGGAUGCAACUCAGCUCCAAACGAUGUGCCAUGAUUCGAGUGGACGCAGUGUCCAUGGAAAGCAACAACAACAACAAGCACAACAGAAAGAUGCAGAAAAUGGAAUCCGACAACAACCAACAAAGCCAGAAUGAUGACGCAGCCAAAGUGCCUGCCAAAGAAGGUGCAGAAGACAAGGAGGAACCAGCAGAUGACAGCCAAGAGGACGACGGUACCAAGAAACAGACUACGAAAGAUGCCGUCAAGAAUGAUUUUCUCUCCCGAAUUCCUGCUUACUUGGUCCAAACACUUCAUGUCUGCUCCGAACACAAAAAGCCCAAAAAGCUCAUCACCACGUUGGAUCGGAUACGAAAGGAGGAGCAAGCCAGCCAAUACCACCGGCAAAAGCGCUUGGGAGUAGUCUUCUUUGGUCGCAUCAAGACUCUCCAAUACAUGUCCAACUUUCUCAAAAAGCAACCGUCUUACAACAAAAAUUACGCCUGUUUGGAGUUGCACAGUCAGUUGCCCCAACAUAUGCGAAACAAGAAUAUGCAAACGUUCCAAUCGGGAAGAGUCACGUUGCUUCUUGCCACGGACAUCGCUGCCAGAGGGCUUCACGUCUCCAAUAUUGGAUUUGUCAUCAACUAUGACUUUCCAGGCAACUUGGAGCAGUAUGUGCACCGUUGCGGUAGAGCUGGAAGGGAUCAUGAUCCAGAUGCCGGUCGCUUGCCGCCAACAAUCUACAGUUUCUUCACCCGUUCGUUGGCUCCCAUGGCCCCGGAUGUAGUGUCAUUGCUGGAGGCUUGCAAGGCAUGGGUCGACCCCAACUUGUUGGCUUUGGUCAAUGACGAUGGCAAGGAGGCAAGGAGUAAGAACAAGCCCAAGCAUGAUCAAGAUGGAGGAAAACCGGCUUCUAGGGAGGACAAAGCCGGAGCAAAUGAGGUUGAUGAAGAACAGUUUUCUGACGAAGAUGCAUUUCCAGAGUUAUCGGCCCAGAAGAUUGUUUUGAAAAGAGCUAGCAAUGUGAGCGAUGCAUCCAGCUCCAGCGGGGAUGAUAGCGACUAA